AUGAUGAUCGGUUCAUUCGGCUUCGUAUUCCUUGGUCUUCUGUCAGCCAGUGCUUCUCGCGCUUAUACUGGUACUAAUGCAGCACUGGAGUGUCGGUGUGGAAUGUCGCAGUUCCUUACCUUGCCUCAUGCAAAUAUCACAUCCCCCGCGGAAGCCAAGCGAUGUGCCAGCUAUAAAUUGAUUGAUGCUCGUGGAACGAACGAGCCGCAAGGAGUUUCGACCAUGUUUUAUCCCAUGAUCCAAAACAUCCUUGCUAAUAUGACAGGCGGUGUCAGCCUGCCUGUGGAAUAUCCAGCUGCGCCUAAUCAAAACACGACAAGCGGAGAGAGCUUUGUGAUUGACAUUAUCACUGAGGGACUCUAUCAUUGUCCAGAUCAGAAAUACGCCAUGUUUGGCUAUUCUCAAGGCGCCUCAUUGAUGCUGAACGUUCUCGGCCAACUCAAUUCCUCGGCCUUGGACUCAAUCAAGUCAGUCAUCCUUGUUGGGAACCCAUACCGCAUUCCCGGUAAGACAUCCAAUGUGGACGCUUUUGGUCAGCACGACAAGAAAGCCUCGGUCGGUAUGUUUGCAGCGCACGCCAUCUCGAGUAAUAGCACUAUUCCUGAGCUCUUGAGGGAAAUGGACCAGAGUAGCAAAGUGCUCGAUUAUUGUCUUGAAGGCGAUCUUGUUUGCUCGCCUAACCCCGCCUGCUCCUGCCAAAUUCCUGCCGGCCACCUUUCUUAUGGAUUGGUUGACAGUGUUCAGAAGACUGCUUUUGAGCACGUAAUCAACCGACUCCAAAGUGUCUCUAACUGAGAGUACCAUUUCUCAGAAACACUCAGCUCUUUAACUGCAGACGGCAGAUGUUUGUCCUGCGACUUGGAAGGAUUAUCAGCAUAAUAGGGAGACAUAUCGCGCUGCAUAACCCAAUCCAUUGUAUACUAGAAUCUUUUGUUUGCUUCCCUUCAUUUGGGGUG